ACCCGCGCUGGCACAAUGGGGAAGCAUGCAUGCAUGGCCGAGCCGGCGCUGCGCUGACUUGAUUUUCUUCAGGCCGAACUAUACGACUUUCCACCGAGCCUGCUUACAUUUGCCUCGUUUCAUGCGACACAUCAAAGUAUCUCCGUCCAUGCUGAGGUUUUUAUAAACUCGUUUUAUGCUACGGCACAUUUGAAUUACUCCGGUCCGAGUAAGGAAAGAGCUGAUCCUAGUUAUCCAGCCGUGACAAUCCAGCGACAACGCCGAAGACACGGACACAGAUCCGAGGGAGGACAACGUCAAGGAAGACACGGAACUGUCUGUAGCGCACAGGUUCUUUGGAGUUACUUAUUAUUCCAAAGUUCUAGAACAAUUGAACAGAUUUAUGCAUGGCUACCCUGUUAUUACCUUUAAUAUCAGCAAUUAUAUAGCUGCGUAACCUAUAGUUGCAGAAACUAUUAGUGCGCAAAUAAGAGUUGUUCCGAGGAGAUCAUUAUUCCUCAUUGUGUUUAAAAGGCUAUUCAUGGUAGACCUACUGAAGGAUACCUUUUUUAAGGCUCUAAAUGCAUGUGUAUAAUAUUUGUGCCAUUCCACAUCUGCGGUUGAAGAGGAUGCGCUUGUUGCUAUGAAUACAUUAUACGAGCAUUGACUGAAAUAAUAUUUAUUUCAAACGGACCCUCAACUAAUAUUGCAGCAAUUUUUUUUCACCGAUUGCAAUUAUUUUGUAUUCCACAAAAAACUGAUUGUGCUUUUCUAAAACUGAAUGCAAAUACUGAACUUUUUCCAAAUGUCAAUUCAAGCUUCAGCACAAUAACUUCCUCGCGAAGUAAUCCAAUCAGUUCGUUAUAACCAGAGAGGAAUCAACUGAGAUAUAAGGCAAUUAUAAUUUAAAAGCCUUCAGAUGGGAAUAUCAUUUCAUUCUGUCUGUUCAUUCGAAUAAUUCUAUCGCGCGAGACGCUGCAUCGAGAGGGACUUUGGCGCAGGUGGAAAUGAUCCUGUUCGUUUCCCUGGUGUUGUGGAUGUGUGCAUAUGGCCAAGAGCCUGCGUCCAAGGUGGUGUCCGACCGCUAUGCCGUCUACUGGAACCGGACCAACCCCAGGUUCUACCGGGGUGACUACCACAUCGACGUGUGUAUAAAUGACUACCUGGACGUCUUCUGUCCCCACUACCUGGACUAUGUCCCUGAAGAGCGGAUGGAGCGCUAUGUCCUCUACAUGGUCAACUACGACGGCUACAGCUCCUGUGACCACACCGCCAAGGGCUUCAAACGCUGGGAGUGUAACAGGCCCCACUCCCCCAACGGACCCCUGAAGUUCUCCGAGAAGUUCCAGCUCUUCACCCCCUUCUCUCUGGGCUUCGAGUUCCGCUCCGGCAGAGAGUACUACUACAUCUCCUCCACACUUGCUGACAAUGGAAGGAGAAGUUGCCUUCGACUGAAGGUGUUCGUCAGACCAGCAAACAAUUGUGUGAAAACUGUCAGUGUUCACGAUCGGGUCUUUGACGUCAAUGAGAGGGUGGACAAUUCCCUAGAACCAAGAGAUGAUACCAGUCACGAAUCAGCCGAGCCGUCCCGAGGUGACGUCAACUCGGUGAGCCGGGUUCAGACCACUGGCCUGCUGGUCACCUCCGCCCUGGUUCUCUGUGCAGCUAUCUUGUCUUUAUAGCGCCCAGCCUGAGGGUUUUAGACAGGGCGGAGUGGACUCGACCUGACUGGACCAUACAACCCCCAAGGUGCACUUUUUAAAAGACAGUCUGAGUGCCGGGGAGAGGUGGACUUCUAAGGGGGAAGACCUUUUUAUAAACUUUGCUUUGGGGAGUUAAGAUGCCAAAAGCCUUUUUGACUCUCAUUUUGUCAUUUUACUUUCCUGUAGAUGUUAAUAUUUGAAGGUCAUAGUAUCCCAGUGAAUUUGCUGUCCCCAUCAUUUCUCUCUCUCUCUCACUCUCUCUCACGUUCACAUACACACACAAACACACACACACACACAUACACACACAAUCACUCUCUCCUCUGUGGUCCCACCAUACCUUUUGCAAGAUGAAACAACGGAACAACUACUAAAAAUAACUUUUUUUCAAGCCCCCAAAUGACUUUGAUUGAGAAUAUGAUGAAGUCUUACAGCGAAUAACUAUGAUAAUUUGAAGAUGGCUUGUGACUGAUCAGAUCAGCCAAUGGCAAUGAAGCAAAGGAAUACUGGCCAAUCAAAUGUGGCCAAGACAUACUGGCCAAUCAAAUGAGGACAAGGCAUGCUGGUCAAUCAAUGGUGAAACAAGGAUCCAGAGCCAUGGUUGUUGCUUGGAGAAGUCCUGUUGCCAAGGGGAGGGGGCUCUGUUAUUUUCUUGCCUUUGAAGAGUCCAUUAGAAGUUCAUGAGAUGGGGGUUGGAUUUGAUGAUUCAGAGACUGGGAGUGAACAAUCUUAGCUGAACCGGAAAAAAAGAAGCACUCAUGUUUAGCAAUUUGUGUCCUUUUAGGGGAAUUAGUGAUCAAUUCAUGUAUUUUUUAAAUGAAUCACGCAAUUAAAAUUUAGCAAGCAACACGGGUGUAUAUUUGCGAGGAGAGUGGGAGUUGAUAUGGUAUUUUGUCAGGCAAAUGUAUUUUCCUAUUUAUUGUUGAGUCCUUGUGCUCUUUCCCUUUUCUGAUUGUUCUGGUUCAGUCACUGUAACUAGUGCAGAGACAAGCCCAAAACAUCCCACCACUUAAAAGCACCAGUCUCUCUUUUUAUUUUGGAAAGGUGUAGUUAUAUUUCAUACACAUGUAAUAUCUGGGCUUGGACUCAAAAAUUGAAUUGGAUUGUUUUUAUCUAACAGAGUUCAGGGAAGAGAACAUAGUUGGAUGUUGUAUCAGGGUGUAAGAAUGUGUGUUAUAACUGUGUUUCUUCCCUGUAACAGUAAACACAAACUGUAUGUGUCAUAACGAGUCAGCCCAUAUUACCAUCCACUACUUCUUUUCAACAUUGUCAUAACCUCUACAAAACUACAAUUAUGUACUGUACAUAAACAAAAGGUUCAGGGAUGACUCUAUAACUAGUACGAUUAGUUUCAAUUAUGUUCUUAGUAAUAUUCUUGAGUUUUCCCCCAAGCAAACAACAAAAACCUUCAUUGAUAUUGAUAGGUUAGCGACCAUUGAUAGGUUAGCGACCACAAGUUCCAACAGGUCCAACGUUUCUCCAAAAGUUGAAGGUAGGUUGUGGCAACGUUGGUUUCAUCUGUAGCAGCUGCAGCUCUACUGUGAUUUAGCCGUGUCUUUGAUGUCGUGAGGAGCGGUGUCCAAGCAGACCACAUGCUGGGGGGCCAUGCGCUAGUUAUUUCUGGAAUGAGAAAAAUCGACCACCAGGAGGGAGAACGAGAGAUGAGAGAGAGUGAGGAAGAGAGGUGUCCUAUUCAGUCUCUGGAUAGGUUCACUAGCAGGGAGAGAGAGGUGUCCUGUUCAGCCCAGAGGUAAUUUUUACCACCAGAGGACUGGAAUGAGUAAUGAGGAGAGAGAAAAGGCCAGCUGAGAUCAAUAGUGAUGGGCUUCUCAAACACAGGAACACGGUAAAUAUUUCCCUCCACUGUCUGAUACACAGUCUAUUUAGUGUACUGACACCAACUCACAUCCUUUGUAAAGGGGAUGGACUAUCACUGAGAAAUACAUUAGCCUUUGCCUCUGUUGGCUGCAAGUGUGGGAUUCAGUUUGAACAAGUCUUUAAAUAAGAAAAGCUGAAAUUCAUUGUGACUGACAUCAUUCACUUCAGCCAGUCAAUGUUGGGAAACACGGAUCAGCUUGUCUCAUGGAUACUGUGUAUCCAGCUGUAGUCUCAUAUAACGUAGUAUUAGAGCAGUGGAUCUCACACCUCUUUGAAGGACAACCGCAGUUAACAAAGACACAUUGUUAAUGCUGUUAGUGAGAGAAUAAAGUCAAUGUUGGAUAUCAAAAACUGUUGAUUACAUUUGUUUAAUAUCUUUUAGUAGGAGAAACAUGAUCAAUGUUACAGUCCAUAUCUUUCGUGUAAGGUUUUCACAUAUCAAUGUUAUAGUGUGUGUGUGGAGGUUGAAGUGCCCAAGUUAAGGGCUCUACUAUUGGAAGUGCACUAUAUCCAUCCAUGCUCAUCCAAGAACCAUACUGCACUCCCAUUGCCCUCCUCUUUUGACCAGAGCUUAGUAGUAUUUGCAUCUGAAAUGUGGUUUAGGCGCCUAAUGUUUUGAGUCCCUGUACAUGCUUAGUUUGUCUGUGGUCCCUCUUAAUCUUCACUACAAUGGUUUCAGAGGAAGCUUCAGUAGUCAGCAGCACCAUGUUGUUAUCUGAAUUCAGGAGAUUUUGUAAAGCUUGUUAAGUGUUGGUUUUCUGUCCAUAUCACAAUGUCAUGAAUCAGUUAACUUGUGUAAUUUUCCAUUCAAAAGUUGAUGUACAGUAUGAGAUGCAGUUGUGUUACAGGGUGAAUUGAGUCUUUUAGGAGGAGCUCUUCACCUGGCACCUGUUACUGUAGCCAUGUAGCCUGAACCUGACACCACUGUGCCCUCCUAUGUCCUCUGUCCCUGUCCUCUGUCGCUGUCCUCUGUCCCUGUCCUCUGUCGCUGUCCUCUGUCCCUGUCCUCUGUCCCUGUCCUCUGUCCCUGUUCUCUGUCCCUGUCCUCUGUCCCCAGUGACGGUCUGUUAUCCCAGCCCUAUUGUCCUCACCUCCCCAGACUCAACUCCUCCGUCUCUCCCCGGUCCAACUCUCUUCACCAGAAUGUUCUGCAAAUGUACUGUAUUUCAUACGAAGGCCAUUAUUUGUAAAUACACAAAUGUGUUGGAGCAGCUAUGACUAACUACAAAAAAAGAUUUAAUAAAAGUUAUUUGUCAUUGUUGUAA